AUGGGAAAUAGAUAACUCAUUGGGCUCAUAUGCACCGGCCUCACAGUACAUUGUCAUCUCCAAUCUCCUUCCUCACCUCAUCACUGCCAUCGACGGUCUACACUACAGUCCGCACGGACUGAUCAUCUCCAUAAGAAGGUUCUCUCUUUUGCUUCCGAACCGAGCUGUGCAACUGUUGAGAUGGCGAGCAUUGUUGACGGGGCCGGGGAGCCGAUCCCCACGUCGGCGGUUCUGACGGCCUCGUCGAAGCACAUCGGGACGAGGUGCUCAUCGGAGAAUGUGGCUUUCCUCAAGUGCAAGAAGAAGGAUCCCAACCCAGGGAAGUGCCUCGACAAGGGCCAGCAAGUGACCCGCUGCGUCCUCGGCUUACUGAAAGAUCUGCACCAGAGGUGCAAGGGGGAGAUGGACGCAUAUGUGGGCUGCAUGUACUACAACACCAAUGAGUUUGACUUAUGCCGAAAGGAGCAGCAAGCAUUCGAGAAAGCUUGUCCACUGUAAGGAUUUUGAGUUCAUUCGUGUUUUGAAUUCUCGAGACGGUAGAAUUUCGAACAGCAAACACACUCUUUGCUGUCGCUGUUAACUUCUGUAUCCUCCUUGUUCGAGUUGUUACUCUUAUUAUAGCUCGGGAUGUUCAUAGAACGACAACAUAUUUCUUUGGGCAGUCAUUCGAUGCUCGAUGUGGCACCCUGUA